AUGCUUCACUCUCCCCUUUCGCCACAUGCUUCACUCUCCCCUUUCGCCACAUGCUUCACUCUCCCCUUUCGCCACAUGCUUCACUCUCCCCUUUCGCCACAUGCUUCACUCUCCCCUUUCGCCACAUGCUUCACUCUCCCCCUUCGCCACAUGCUUCACUCUCCCCCUUCGCCACAUGCUUCACUCUCCCCUUUCGCCACAUGCUUCACUCUCCCCUUUCGCCACAUGCUUCACUCUCCCCUUUCGCCACAUGAUUCACUCUCCCCUUUCGCCACAUGCUUCACUCUCCCCCUUCGCCACAUGCUUCACUCUCCCCUUUCGCCACAUGCUUCACUCUCCCCCUUCGCCACAUGCUUCACUCUCCCCUUUCGCCACAUGCUUCACUCUCCCCUUUCGCCACAUGCUUCACUCUCCCCUUUCGCCACAUGCUUCACUCUCCCCUUUCGCCACAUGCUUCACUCUCCCCUUUCGCCACAUGCUUCACUCUCCCCUUUCGCCACAUGCUUCACUCUCCCCUUUCGCCACAUGCUUCACUCUCCCCUUUCGCCACAUGCUUCACUCUCCCCUUUCGCCACAUGCUUCACUCUCCCCUUUCGCCACAUGCUUCACUCUCCCCGUUCGCCACAUGCUUCACUCUCCCCCUUCGCCACAUGCUUCACUCUCCCCUUUCGCCACAUGCUUCACUCUCCCCUUUCGCCACAUGCUUCACUCUCCCCGUUCGCCACAUGCUUCACUCUCCCCCUUCGCCACAUGCUUCACUCUCCCCUUUCGCCACAUGCUUCACUCUCCCCUUUCGCCACAUGCUUCACUCUCCCCUUUCGCCACAUGCUUCACUCUCCCCUUUCGCCACAUGCUUCACUCUCCCCUUUCGCCACAUGCUUCACUCUCCCCUUUCGCCACAUGCUUCACUCUCCCCCUUCGCCACAUGCUUCACUCUCCCCUUUCGCCACAUGCUUCACUCUCCCCUUUCGCCACAUGCUUCACUCUCCCCUUUCGCCACAUGCUUCACUCUCCCCUUUCGCCACAUGCUUCACUCUCCCCUUUCGCCACAUGCUUCACUCUCCCCUUUCGCCACAUGCUUCACUCUCCCCUUUCGCCACAUGCUUCACUCUCCCCUUUCGCCACAUGCUUCACUCUCCCCUUUCGCCACAUGCUUCACUCUCCCCUUUCGCCACAUGCUUCACUCUCCCCUUUCGCCACAUGCUUCACUCUCCCCCUUCGCCACAUGCUUCACUCUCCCCUUCGCCACAUGCUUCACUCUCCCCUUUCGCCACAUGCUUCACUCUCCCCUUUCGCCACAUGCUUCACUCUCCCCUUUCGCCACAUGCUUCACUCUCCCCUUUCGCCACAUGCUUCACUCUCCCCUUUCGCCACAUGCUUCACUCUCCCCUUUCGCCACAUGCUUCACUCUCCCCUUUCGCCACAUGCUUCACUCUCCCCUUUCGCCACAUGCUUCACUCUCCCCUUUCGCCACAUGCUUCACUCUCCCCUUUCGCCACAUGCUUCACUCUCCCCUUUCGCCACAUGCUUCACUCUCCCCUUUCGCCACAUGCUUCACUCUCCCCUUUCGCCACAUGCUUCACUCUCCCCUUUCGCCACAUGCUUCACUCUCCCCUUUCGCCACAUGCUUCACUCUCCCCUUUCGCCACAUGCUUCACUCUCCCCUUUCGCCACAUGCUUCACUCUCCCCUUUCGCCACAUGCUUCACUCUCCCCUUUCGCCACAUGCUUCACUCUCCCCUUUCGCCACAUGCUUCACUCUCCCCUUUCGCCACAUGCUUCACUCUCCCCUUUCGCCACAUGCUUCACUCUCCCCUUUCGCCACAUGCUUCACUCUCCCCUUUCGCCACAUGCUUCACUCUCCCCUUUCGCCACAUGCUUCACUCUCCCCUUUCGCCACAUGCUUCACUCUCCCCUUUCGCCACAUGCUUCACUCUCCCCUUUCGCCACAUGCUUCACUCUCCCCUUUCGCCACAUGCUUCACUCUCCCCUUUCGCCACAUGCUUCACUCUCCCCUUUCGCCACAUGCUUCACUCUCCCCUUUCGCCACAUGCUUCACUCUCCCCUUUCGCCACAUGCUUCACUCUCCCCUUUCGCCACAUGCUUCACUCUCCCCUUUCGCCACAUGCUUCACUCUCCCCUUUCGCCACAUGCUUCACUCUCCCCUUUCGCCACAUGCUUCACUCUCCCCUUUCGCCACAUGCUUCACUCUCCCCUUUCGCCACAUGCUUCACUCUCCCCUUUCGCCACAUGCUUCACUCUCCCCUUUCGCCACAUGCUUCACUCUCCCCUUUCGCCACAUGCUUCACUCUCCCCUUUCGCCACAUGCUUCACUCUCCUCUUUCGCCACAUGCUUCACUCUCCCCUUUCGCCACAUGCUUCACUCUCCCCUUUCGCCACAUGCUUCACUCUCCCCUUUCGCCACAUGCUUCACUCUCCCCUUUCGCCACAUGCUUCACUCUCCCCCUUCGCCACAUGCUUCACUCUCCCCCUUCGCCACAUGCUUCACUCUCCCCCUUCGCCACAUGCUUCACUCUCCCCCUUCGCCACAUGCUUCACUCUCCCCCUUCGCCACAUGCUUCACUCUCCCCCUUCGCCACAUGCUUCACUCUCCCCCUUCGCCACAUGCUUCACUCUCCCCCUUCGCCACAUGCUUCACUCUCCCCCUUCGCCACAUGCUUCACUCUCCCCCUUCGCCACAUGCUUCACUCUCCCCCUUCGCCACAUGCUUCACUCUCCCCCUUCGCCACAUGCUUCACUCUCCCCUUUCGCCACAUGCUUCACUCUCCCCUUUCGCCACAUGCUUCACUCUCCCCUUUCGCCACAUGCUUCACUCUCCCCUUUCGCCACAUGCUUCACUCUCCCCUUUCGCCACAUGCUUCACUCUCCCCUUUCGCCACAUGCUUCACUCUCCCCUUUCGCCACAUGCUUCACUCUCCCCUUUCGCCACAUGCUUCACUCUCCCCUUUCGCCACAUGCUUCACUCUCCCCUUUCGCCACAUGCUUCACUCUCCCCUUUCGCCACAUGCUUCACUCUCCCCUUUCGCCACAUGCUUCACUCUCCCCUUUCGCCACAUGCUUCACUCUCCCCCUUCGCCACAUGCUUCACUCUCCCCUUUCGCCACAUGCUUCACUCUCCCCUUUCGCCACAUGCUUCACUCUCCCCUUUCGCCACAUGCUUCACUCUCCCCUUUCGCCACAUGCUUCACUCUCCCCCUUCGCCACAUGCUUCACUCUCCCCUUUCGCCACAUGCUUCACUCUCCCCUUUCGCCACAUGCUUCACUCUCCCCUUUCGCCACAUGCUUCACUCUCCCCUUUCGCCACAUGCUUCACUCUCCCCUUUCGCCACAUGCUUCACUCUCCCCUUUCGCCACAUGCUUCACUCUCCCCUUUCGCCACAUGCUUCACUCUCCCCCUUCGCCACAUGCUUCACUCUCCCCUUUCGCCACAUGCUUCACUCUCCCCUUUCGCCACAUGCUUCACUCUCCCCUUUCGCCACAUGCUUCACUCUCCCCCUUCGCCACAUGCUUCACUCUCCCCUUUCGCCACAUGCUUCACUCUCCCCUUUCGCCACAUGCUUCACUCUCCCCUUUCGCCACAUGCUUCACUCUCCCCUUUCGCCACAUGCUUCACUCUCCCCCUUCGCCACAUGCUUCACUCUCCCCUUUCGCCACAUGCUUCACUCUCCCCUUUCGCCACAUGCUUCACUCUCCCCUUUCGCCACAUGCUUCACUCUCCCCGUUCGCCACAUGCUUCACUCUCCCCCUUCGCCACAUGCUUCACUCUCCCCUUUCGCCACAUGCUUCACUCUCCCCUUUCGCCACAUGCUUCACUCUCCCCGUUCGCCACAUGCUUCACUCUCCCCCUUCGCCACAUGCUUCACUCUCCCCUUUCGCCACAUGCUUCACUCUCCCCUUUCGCCACAUGCUUCACUCUCCCCUUUCGCCACAUGCUUCACUCUCCCCUUUCGCCACAUGCUUCACUCUCCCCUUUCGCCACAUGCUUCACUCUCCCCUUUCGCCACAUGCUUCACUCUCCCCCUUCGCCACAUGCUUCACUCUCCCCUUUCGCCACAUGCUUCACUCUCCCCUUUCGCCACAUGCUUCACUCUCCCCUUUCGCCACAUGCUUCACUCUCCCCUUUCGCCACAUGCUUCACUCUCCCCUUUCGCCACAUGCUUCACUCUCCCCUUUCGCCACAUGCUUCACUCUCCCCUUUCGCCACAUGCUUCACUCUCCCCCUUCGCCACAUGCUUCACUCUCCCCUUUCGCCACAUGCUUCACUCUCCCCUUUCGCCACAUGCUUCACUCUCCCCUUUCGCCACAUGCUUCACUCUCCCCCUUCGCCACAUGCUUCACUCUCCCCUUUCGCCACAUGCUUCACUCUCCCCUUUCGCCACAUGCUUCACUCUCCCCUUUCGCCACAUGCUUCACUCUCCCCCUUCGCCACAUGCUUCACUCUCCCCUUUCGCCACAUGCUUCACUCUCCCCUUUCGCCACAUGCUUCACUCUCCCCUUUCGCCACAUGCUUCACUCUCCCCUUUCGCCACAUGCUUCACUCUCCCCCUUCGCCACAUGCUUCACUCUCCCCCUUCGCCACAUGCUUCACUCUCCCCCUUCGCCACAUGCUUCACUCUCCCCCUUCGCCACAUGCUUCACUCUCCCCCUUCGCCACAUGCUUCACUCUCCCCCUUCGCCACAUGCUUCACUCUCCCCCUUCGCCACAUGCUUCACUCUCCCCCUUCGCCACAUGCUUCACUCUCCCCCUUCGCCACAUGCUUCACUCUCCCCCUUCGCCACAUGCUUCACUCUCCCCCUUCGCCACAUGCUUCACUCUCCCCCUUCGCCACAUGCUUCACUCUCCCCUUUCGCCACAUGCUUCACUCUCCCCUUUCGCCACAUGCUUCACUCUCCCCUUUCGCCACAUGCUUCACUCUCCCCUUUCGCCACAUGCUUCACUCUCCCCUUUCGCCACAUGCUUCACUCUCCCCUUUCGCCACAUGCUUCACUCUCCCCUUUCGCCACAUGCUUCACUCUCCCCUUUCGCCACAUGCUUCACUCUCCCCUUUCGCCACAUGCUUCACUCUCCCCUUUCGCCACAUGCUUCACUCUCCCCUUUCGCCACAUGCUUCACUCUCCCCUUUCGCCACAUGCUUCACUCUCCCCUUUCGCCACAUGCUUCACUCUCCCCUUUCGCCACAUGCUUCACUCUCCCCUUCGCCACAUGCUUCACUCUCCCCUUUCGCCACAUGCUUCACUCUCCCCUUUCGCCACAUGCUUCACUCUCCCCUUUCGCCACAUGCUUCACUCUCCCCUUUCGCCACAUGCUUCACUCUCCCCCUUCGCCACAUGCUUCACUCUCCCCUUUCGCCACAUGCUUCACUCUCCCCUUUCGCCACAUGCUUCACUCUCCCCUUUCGCCACAUGCUUCACUCUCCCCUUUCGCCACAUGCUUCACUCUCCCCUUUCGCCACAUGCUUCACUCUCCCCUUUCGCCACAUGCUUCACUCUCCCCUUUCGCCACAUGCUUCACUCUCCCCCUUCGCCACAUGCUUCACUCUCCCCUUUCGCCACAUGCUUCACUCUCCCCUUUCGCCACAUGCUUCACUCUCCCCUUUCGCCACAUGCUUCACUCUCCCCCUUCGCCACAUGCUUCACUCUCCCCUUUCGCCACAUGCUUCACUCUCCCCUUUCGCCACAUGCUUCACUCUCCCCUUUCGCCACAUGCUUCACUCUCCCCUUUCGCCACAUGCUUCACUCUCCCCCUUCGCCACAUGCUUCACUCUCCCCUUUCGCCACAUGCUUCACUCUCCCCUUUCGCCACAUGCUUCACUCUCCCCUUUCGCCACAUGCUUCACUCUCCCCGUUCGCCACAUGCUUCACUCUCCCCCUUCGCCACAUGCUUCACUCUCCCCUUUCGCCACAUGCUUCACUCUCCCCUUUCGCCACAUGCUUCACUCUCCCCGUUCGCCACAUGCUUCACUCUCCCCCUUCGCCACAUGCUUCACUCUCCCCUUUCGCCACAUGCUUCACUCUCCCCUUUCGCCACAUGCUUCACUCUCCCCUUUCGCCACAUGCUUCACUCUCCCCUUUCGCCACAUGCUUCACUCUCCCCUUUCGCCACAUGCUUCACUCUCCCCUUUCGCCACAUGCUUCACUCUCCCCUUCGCCACAUGCUUCACUCUCCCCUUUCGCCACAUGCUUCACUCUCCCCUUUCGCCACAUGCUUCACUCUCCCCUUUCGCCACAUGCUUCACUCUCCCCUUUCGCCACAUGCUUCACUCUCCCCUUUCGCCACAUGCUUCACUCUCCCCUUUCGCCACAUGCUUCACUCUCCCCUUUCGCCACAUGCUUCACUCUCCCCCUUCGCCACAUGCUUCACUCUCCCCUUUCGCCACAUGCUUCACUCUCCCCCUUCGCCACAUGCUUCACUCUCCCCUUUCGCCACAUGCUUCACUCUCCCCUUUCGCCACAUGCUUCACUCUCCCCCUUCGCCACAUGCUUCACUCUCCCCUUUCGCCACAUGCUUCACUCUCCCCUUUCGCCACAUGCUUCACUCUCCCCUUUCGCCACAUGCUUCACUCUCCCCUUUCGCCACAUGCUUCACUCUCCCCCUUCGCCACAUGCUUCACUCUCCCCUUUCGCCACAUGCUUCACUCUCCCCUUUCGCCACAUGCUUCACUCUCCCCUUUCGCCACAUGCUUCACUCUCCCCGUUCGCCACAUGCUUCACUCUCCCCCUUCGCCACAUGCUUCACUCUCCCCUUUCGCCACAUGCUUCACUCUCCCCUUUCGCCACAUGCUUCACUCUCCCCGUUCGCCACAUGCUUCACUCUCCCCCUUCGCCACAUGCUUCACUCUCCCCUUUCGCCACAUGCUUCACUCUCCCCUUUCGCCACAUGCUUCACUCUCCCCUUUCGCCACAUGCUUCACUCUCCCCUUUCGCCACAUGCUUCACUCUCCCCUUUCGCCACAUGCUUCACUCUCCCCCUUCGCCACAUGCUUCACUCUCCCCCUUCGCCACAUGCUUCACUCUCCCCUUUCGCCACAUGCUUCACUCUCCCCUUUCGCCACAUGCUUCACUCUCCCCUUUCGCCACAUGCUUCACUCUCCCCUUUCGCCACAUGCUUCACUCUCCCCUUUCGCCACAUGCUUCACUCUCCCCUUUCGCCACAUGCUUCACUCUCCCCUUUCGCCACAUGCUUCACUCUCCCCUUUCGCCACAUGCUUCACUCUCCCCUUUCGCCACAUGCUUCACUCUCCCCCUUCGCCACAUGCUUCACUCUCCCCCUUCGCCACAUGCUUCACUCUCCCCCUUCGCCACAUGCUUCACUCUCCCCCUUCGCCACAUGCUUCACUCUCCCCCUUCGCCACAUGCUUCACUCUCCCCCUUCGCCACAUGCUUCACUCUCCCCCUUCGCCACAUGCUUCACUCUCCCCCUUCGCCACAUGCUUCACUCUCCCCCUUCGCCACAUGCUUCACUCUCCCCCUUCGCCACAUGCUUCACUCUCCCCCUUCGCCACAUGCUUCACUCUCCCCCUUCGCCACAUGCUUCACUCUCCCCUUUCGCCACAUGCUUCACUCUCCCCUUUCGCCACAUGCUUCACUCUCCCCUUUCGCCACAUGCUUCACUCUCCCCUUUCGCCACAUGCUUCACUCUCCCCUUUCGCCACAUGCUUCACUCUCCCCUUUCGCCACAUGCUUCACUCUCCCCUUUCGCCACAUGCUUCACUCUCCCCUUUCGCCACAUGCUUCACUCUCCCCUUUCGCCACAUGCUUCACUCUCCCCUUUCGCCACAUGCUUCACUCUCCCCUUUCGCCACAUGCUUCACUCUCCCCUUUCGCCACAUGCUUCACUCUCCCCUUUCGCCACAUGCUUCACUCUCCCCCUUCGCCACAUGCUUCACUCUCCCCCUUCGCCACAUGCUUCACUCUCCCCUUUCGCCACAUGCUUCACUCUCCCCUUUCGCCACAUGCUUCACUCUCCCCUUUCGCCACAUGCUUCACUCUCCCCUUUCGCCACAUGCUUCACUCUCCCCCUUCGCCACAUGCUUCACUCUCCCCUUUCGCCACAUGCUUCACUCUCCCCUUUCGCCACAUGCUUCACUCUCCCCUUUCGCCACAUGCUUCACUCUCCCCUUUCGCCACAUGCUUCACUCUCCCCUUUCGCCACAUGCUUCACUCUCCCCUUUCGCCACAUGCUUCACUCUCCCCUUUCGCCACAUGCUUCACUCUCCCCCUUCGCCACAUGCUUCACUCUCCCCUUUCGCCACAUGCUUCACUCUCCCCUUUCGCCACAUGCUUCACUCUCCCCUUUCGCCACAUGCUUCACUCUCCCCCUUCGCCACAUGCUUCACUCUCCCCUUUCGCCACAUGCUUCACUCUCCCCUUUCGCCACAUGCUUCACUCUCCCCUUUCGCCACAUGCUUCACUCUCCCCUUUCGCCACAUGCUUCACUCUCCCCCUUCGCCACAUGCUUCACUCUCCCCUUUCGCCACAUGCUUCACUCUCCCCUUUCGCCACAUGCUUCACUCUCCCCUUUCGCCACAUGCUUCACUCUCCCCUUUCGCCACAUGCUUCACUCUCCCCGUUCGCCACAUGCUUCACUCUCCCCCUUCGCCACAUGCUUCACUCUCCCCUUUCGCCACAUGCUUCACUCUCCCCUUUCGCCACAUGCUUCACUCUCCCCGUUCGCCACAUGCUUCACUCUCCCCCUUCGCCACAUGCUUCACUCUCCCCUUUCGCCACAUGCUUCACUCUCCCCUUUCGCCACAUGCUUCACUCUCCCCUUUCGCCACAUGCUUCACUCUCCCCUUUCGCCACAUGCUUCACUCUCCCCUUUCGCCACAUGCUUCACUCUCCCCUUUCGCCACAUGCUUCACUCUCCCCCUUCGCCACAUGCUUCACUCUCCCCUUUCGCCACAUGCUUCACUCUCCCCUUUCGCCACAUGCUUCACUCUCCCCUUUCGCCACAUGCUUCACUCUCCCCUUUCGCCACAUGCUUCACUCUCCCCUUUCGCCACAUGCUUCACUCUCCCCUUUCGCCACAUGCUUCACUCUCCCCCUUCGCCACAUGCUUCACUCUCCCCUUUCGCCACAUGCUUCACUCUCCCCCUUCGCCACAUGCUUCACUCUCCCCUUUCGCCACAUGCUUCACUCUCCCCUUUCGCCACAUGCUUCACUCUCCCCCUUCGCCACAUGCUUCACUCUCCCCUUUCGCCACAUGCUUCACUCUCCCCUUUCGCCACAUGCUUCACUCUCCCCUUUCGCCAAAUGCUUCACUCUCCCCUUUCGCCACAUGCUUCACUCUCCCCUUUCGCCACAUGCUUCACUCUCCCCUUUCGCCACAUGCUUCACUCUCCCCCUUCGCCACAUGCUUCACUCUCCCCCUUCGCCACAUGCUUCACUCUCCCCUUUCGCCACAUGCUUCACUCUCCCCUUUCGCCACAUGCUUCACUCUCCCCUUUCGCCACAUGCUUCACUCUCCCCUUUCGCCACAUGCUUCACUCUCCCCUUUCGCCACAUGCUUCACUCUCCCCUUUCGCCACAUGCUUCACUCUCCCCUUUCGCCACAUGCUUCACGCUCCCCUUUCGCCACAUGCUUCACUCUCCCCUUUCGCCACAUGCUUCACUCUCCCCCUUCGCCACAUGCUUCACUCUCCCCUUUCGCCACAUGCUUCACUCUCCCCUUUCGCCACAUGCUUCACUCUCCCCUUUCGCCACAUGCUUCACUCUCCCCUUUCGCCACAUGCUUCACUCUCCCCCUUCGCCACAUGCUUCACUCUCCCCUUUCGCCACAUGCUUCACUCUCCCCUUUCGCCACAUGCUUCACUCUCCCCUUUCGCCACAUGCUUCACUCUCCCCUUUCGCCACAUGCUUCACUCUCCCCUUUCGCCACAUGCUUCACUCUCCCCUUUCGCCACAUGCUUCACUCUCCCCUUUCGCCACAUGCUUCACUCUCCCCCUUCGCCACAUGCUUCACUCUCCCCUUUCGCCACAUGCUUCACUCUCCCCUUUCGCCACAUGCUUCACUCUCCCCUUUCGCCACAUGCUUCACUCUCCCCCUUCGCCACAUGCUUCACUCUCCCCUUUCGCCACAUGCUUCACUCUCCCCUUUCGCCACAUGCUUCACUCUCCCCUUUCGCCACAUGCUUCACUCUCCCCUUUCGCCACAUGCUUCACUCUCCCCCUUCGCCACAUGCUUCACUCUCCCCUUUCGCCACAUGCUUCACUCUCCCCUUUCGCCACAUGCUUCACUCUCCCCUUUCGCCACAUGCUUCACUCUCCCCUUUCGCCACAUGCUUCACUCUCCCCUUUCGCCACAUGCUUCACUCUCCCCUUUCGCCACAUGCUUCACUCUCCCCUUUCGCCACAUGCUUCACUCUCCCCUUUCGCCACAUGCUUCACUCUCCCCUUUCGCCACAUGCUUCACUCUCCCCCUUCGCCACAUGCUUCACUCUCCCCCUUCGCCACAUGCUUCACUCUCCCCUUUCGCCACAUGCUUCACUCUCCCCUUUCGCCACAUGCUUCACUCUCCCCUUUCGCCACAUGCUUCACUCUCCCCUUUCGCCACAUGCUUCACUCUCCCCUUUCGCCACAUGCUUCACUCUCCCCUUUCGCCACAUGCUUCACUCUCCCCUUUCGCCACAUGCUUCACUCUCCCCUUUCGCCACAUGCUUCACUCUCCCCUUUCGCCACAUGCUUCACUCUCCCCUUUCGCCACAUGCUUCACUCUCCCCUUUCGCCACAUGCUUCACUCUCCCCUUUCGCCACAUGCUUCACUCUCCCCUUUCGCCACAUGCUUCACUCUCCCCUUUCGCCACAUGCUUCACUCUCCCCUUUCGCCACAUGCUUCACUCUCCCCUUUCGCCACAUGCUUCACUCUCCCCUUUCGCCACAUGCUUCACUCUCCCCUUUCGCCACAUGCUUCACUCUCCCCUUUCGCCACAUGCUUCACUCUCCCCUUUCGCCACAUGCUUCACUCUCCCCUUUCGCCACAUGCUUCACUCUCCCCUUUCGCCACAUGCUUCACUCUCCCCUUUCGCCACAUGCUUCACUCUCCCCUUUCGCCACAUGCUUCACUCUCCCCUUUCGCCACAUGCUUCACUCUCCCCUUUCGCCACAUGCUUCACUCUCCCCUUUCGCCACAUGCUUCACUCUCCCCUUUCGCCACAUGCUUCACUCUCCCCUUUCGCCACAUGCUUCACUCUCCCCUUUCGCCACAUGCUUCACUCUCCCCUUUCGCCACAUGCUUCACUCUCCCCUUUCGCCACAUGCUUCACUCUCCCCUUUCGCCACAUGCUUCACUCUCCCCUUUCGCCACAUGCUUCACUCUCCCCUUUCGCCACAUGCUUCACUCUCCCCUUUCGCCACAUGCUUCACUCUCCCCUUUCGCCACAUGCUUCACUCUCCCCUUUCGCCACAUGCUUCACUCUCCCCUUUCGCCACAUGCUUCACUCUCCCCUUUCGCCACAUGCUUCACUCUCCCCUUUCGCCACAUGCUUCACUCUCCCCUUUCGCCACAUGCUUCACUCUCCCCUUUCGCCACAUGCUUCACUCUCCCCUUUCGCCACAUGCUUCACUCUCCCCUUUCGCCACAUGCUUCACUCUCCCCUUUCGCCACAUGCUUCACUCUCCCCUUUCGCCACAUGCUUCACUCUCCCCUUUCGCCACAUGCUUCACUCUCCCCUUUCGCCACAUGCUUCACUCUCCCCUUUCGCCACAUGCUUCACUCUCCCCUUUCGCCACAUGCUUCACUCUCCCCUUUCGCCACAUGCUUCACUCUCCCCUUUCGCCACAUGCUUCACUCUCCCCUUUCGCCACAUGCUUCACUCUCCCCUUUCGCCACAUGCUUCACUCUCCCCUUUCGCCACAUGCUUCACUCUCCCCUUUCGCCACAUGCUUCACUCUCCCCCUUCGCCACAUGCUUCACUCUCCCCCUUCGCCACAUGCUUCACUCUCCCCCUUCGCCACAUGCUUCACUCUCCCCCUUCGCCACAUGCUUCACUCUCCCCCUUCGCCACAUGCUUCACUCUCCCCUUUCGCCACAUGCUUCACUCUCCCCUUUCGCCACAUGCUUCACUCUCCCCUUUCGCCACAUGCUUCACUCUCCCCUUUCGCCACAUGCUUCACUCUCCCCUUUCGCCACAUGCUUCACUCUCCCCUUUCGCCACAUGCUUCACUCUCCCCUUUCGCCACAUGCUUCACUCUCCCCUUUCGCCACAUGCUUCACUCUCCCCUUUCGCCACAUGCUUCACUCUCCCCUUUCGCCACAUGCUUCACUCUCCCCCUUCGCCACAUGCUUCACUCUCCCCCUUCGCCACAUGCUUCACUCUCCCCCUUCGCCACAUGCUUCACUCUCCCCCUUCGCCACAUGCUUCACUCUCCCCCUUCGCCACAUGCUUCACUCUCCCCCUUCGCCACAUGCUUCACUCUCCCCCUUCGCCACAUGCUUCACUCUCCCCCUUCGCCACAUGCUUCACUCUCCCCCUUCGCCACAUGCUUCACUCUCCCCCUUCGCCACAUGCUUCACUCUCCCCCUUCGCCACAUGCUUCACUCUCCCCCUUCGCCACAUGCUUCACUCUCCCCCUUCGCCACAUGCUUCACUCUCCCCCUUCGCCACAUGCUUCACUCUCCCCCUUCGCCACAUGCUUCACUCUCCCCCUUCGCCACAUGCUUCACUCUCCCCCUUCGCCACAUGCUUCACUCUCCCCCUUCGCCACAUGCUUCACUCUCCCCCUUCGCCACAUGCUUCACUCUCCCCCUUCGCCACAUGCUUCACUCUCCCCCUUCGCCACAUGCUUCACUCUCCCCUUUCGCCACAUGCUUCACUCUCCCCUUUCGCCACAUGCUUCACUCUCCCCUUUCGCCACAUGCUUCACUCUCCCCUUUCGCCACAUGCUUCACUCUCCCCUUUCGCCACAUGCUUCACUCUCCCCUUUCGCCACAUGCUUCACUCUCCCCUUUCGCCACAUGCUUCACUCUCCCCUUUCGCCACAUGCUUCACUCUCCCCUUUCGCCACAUGCUUCACUCUCCCCUUUCGCCACAUGCUUCACUCUCCCCUUUCGCCACAUGCUUCACUCUCCCCCUUCGCCACAUGCUUCACUCUCCCCCUUCGCCACAUGCUUCACUCUCCCCCUUCGCCACAUGCUUCACUCUCCCCCUUCGCCACAUGCUUCACUCUCCCCCUUCGCCACAUGCUUCACUCUCCCCCUUCGCCACAUGCUUCACUCUCCCCCUUCGCCACAUGCUUCACUCUCCCCCUUCGCCACAUGCUUCACUCUCCCCCUUCGCCACAUGCUUCACUCUCCCCCUUCGCCACAUGCUUCACUCUCCCCCUUCGCCACAUGCUUCACUCUCCCCCUUCGCCACAUGCUUCACUCUCCCCCUUCGCCACAUGCUUCACUCUCCCCCUUCGCCACAUGCUUCACUCUCCCCCUUCGCCACAUGCUUCACUCUCCCCCUUCGCCACAUGCUUCACUCUCCCCUUUCGCCACAUGCUUCACUCUCCCCUUUCGCCACAUGCUUCACUCUCCCCUUUCGCCACAUGCUUCACUCUCCCCCUUCGCCACAUGCUUCACUCUCCCCCUUCGCCACAUGCUUCACUCUCCCCCUUCGCCACAUGCUUCACUCUCCCCCUUCGCCACAUGCUUCACUCUCCCCCUUCGCCACAUGCUUCACUCUCCCCCUUCGCCACAUGCUUCACUCUCCCCCUUCGCCACAUGCUUCACUCUCCCCUUUCGCCACAUGCUUCACUCUCCCCCUUCGCCACAUGCUUCACUCUCCCCCUUCGCCACAUGCUUCACUCUCCCCCUUCGCCACAUGCUUCACUCUCCCCCUUCGCCACAUGCUUCACUCUCCCCCUUCGCCACAUGCUUCACUCUCCCCCUUCGCCACAUGCUUCACUCUCCCCCUUCGCCACAUGCUUCACUCUCCCCUUUCGCCACAUGCUUCACUCUCCCCUUCGCCACAUGCUUCACUCUCCCCCUUCGCCACAUGCUUCACUCUCCCCCUUCGCCACAUGCUUCACUCUCCCCCUUCGCCACAUGCUUCACUCUCCCCCUUCGCCACAUGCUUCACUCUCCCCCUUCGCCACAUGCUUCACUCUCCCCCUUCGCCACAUGCUUCACUCUCCCCCUUCGCCACAUGCUUCACUCUCCCCCUUCGCCACAUGCUUCACUCUCCCCCUUCGCCACAUGCUUCACUCUCCCCCUUCGCCACAUGCUUCACUCUCCCCCUUCGCCACAUGCUUCACUCUCCCCCUUCGCCACAUGCUUCACUCUCCCCCUUCGCCACAUGCUUCACUCUCCCCCUUCGCCACAUGCUUCACUCUCCCCCUUCGCCACAUGCUUCACUCUCCCCCUUCGCCACAUGCUUCACUCUCCCCCUUCGCCACAUGCUUCACUCUCCCCCUUCGCCACAUGCUUCACUCUCCCCCUUCGCCACAUGCUUCACUCUCCCCCUUCGCCACAUGCUUCACUCUCCCCCUUCGCCACAUGCUUCACUCUCCCCCUUCGCCACAUGCUUCACUCUCCCCCUUCGCCACAUGCUUCACUCUCCCCCUUCGCCACAUGCUUCACUCUCCCCCUUCGCCACAUGCUUCACUCUCCCCCUUCGCCACAUGCUUCACUCUCCCCCUUCGCCACAUGCUUCACUCUCCCCCUUCGCCACAUGCUUCACUCUCCCCCUUCGCCACAUGCUUCACUCUCCCCCUUCGCCACAUGCUUCACUCUCCCCCUUCGCCACAUGCUUCACUCUCCCCCUUCGCCACAUGCUUCACUCUCCCCCUUCGCCACAUGCUUCACUCUCCCCCUUCGCCACAUGCUUCACUCUCCCCCUUCGCCACAUGCUUCACUCUCCCCCUUCGCCACAUGCUUCACUCUCCCCCUUCGCCACAUGCUUCACUCUCCCCCUUCGCCACAUGCUUCACUCUCCAAGCCCCUCCCUCUCCAUCCCUAAAUCUUUGCCCGUUCCCCCCCUUCCCGCCCCCAUCAGCCACCUAUCCCACCAUUUACUCCAACUCUUAUCACGGCUAUCCAAAG